AAAGCUAGAGGGCAGUAGGUUAGGUGCCUGCAGCCCAAAGAUUAUUCUUCUUCCUACUUUCAUUUUAUCAAGAAAAUCACACAGCCAGAGAGAGAGAGAGAGAGAGAGAGAGAGAGAGAGAUCAGCUCGUGAGAUUCCCAUCGUUUGAGAGAUUAGGGUUUCCCCGUUCCAAUGGAGACGGCACCUCCGCAGUCGGAGCAGGAGCAGCAGCCAACGCAAAGCAACGAGAAACCGGGGCUGAGGAAACCGGUGUUCACGAAGGUGGACCAGCUGCGGCCCGGGACGAGCGGCCACACCUUGAUAGCAAAGGUUCUGAGCUCAAACACGGUGCUCCAGAAGGGCCGAUCCGUGUCGCAGCACCUCCGCCACACUCGCAUCGCCGAGUGCCUCAUCGGCGAUGAGACCGGCACCAUUGUCUUCACCGCCCGCAACGAUCAAGUUGAUCUCAUGCAGCCUGGUGCAACUGUAAUUCUCCGUAAUGCGAAGAUUGACAUGUUCAAGGGAUCGAUGAGGCUAGCAGUUGACAAGUGGGGCCGUGUUGAGGCAACGGAUCCUGCAGAUUUCACUGUUAAAGAGGACAACAAUCUCUCUUUAAUUGAGUACGAGCUCGUCAAUGUUGUUGACGAGUGAUCAAGACCUUGUGGCAAUACCACUGGCCACUAUAGCUGAAGAGUAAUUCCUGAACAGGGUUGGGGACUACUAAUUCCUGAUAACGUGCUGGUAUUAAGGUUGUUUUUAUUUGAUCAGUUUAAUGAUUAGGCUUAAGGUGCUCUCUGAAACCUGAACUGGUAAUGUUUUAUAUUAUCUCCUUUGAAUACAGCAAAGUAGGAUUUUGUUAGGUCUUGUCCGGGAGAAGGUGGCUCCUAUGGAAUUGUAAACAGAAUAUUGAUGAUCAUAAGCCCUUUCGGUUCAAGUAAAGUCUUACUUUUGCUUAUAUAA